CGGUUCAGUGACUGAUUAUUAUAAAAUACGGACAGUUGGAAUCGUUGUAUAAUAUAUACAAAAUCCUUUAAAAAACAGGAGCAGAGAAGGAACAUAAAUUUAACAUUCGAGUGCCUCUGUAAACAAUAACUGUUAAGAGUUCCGAACUGGAGAAAGUUAUCUCCUCGACUCCCGACACCAAACAUAGAAAAGGAGAAUCCCGUAAGGAAGGUGUCGGGGUAUGUGUACACAUCAAUCCUUCCGCGGAGUACAGACAAACAGGAGUCAAAGCACAGAUAAGUAAAUUUUCCCAUGGAGAAAGUUUUCUUGCCGGUUGGAAUCAAAAGUCCGAGGUGAAUCCUCAAAAUAUGGCUAUAGUAGAACGUUCGGUUAGAAAGGGUGUAGAUCUUAUUCCUACUUGCGUUUUCACCUCGAAAAAUUCGGAAAUAUCGCAGUCGACGCGUCUAGAAAUAGCUAAAGGAGUUAGUCACAUUCAGGACUCUUCAAAAGUUCGCAGGGAGGAAAAUCAAAGUGGAAACCAAGCGGAUGCUUCGAAACGUUUACGUAACGACAGUACAAAGGAGGUGAAAAUCGAAAGAGAUAUUGUUGUUAACGCUAAUGUGGUGAACAGGAAGGAUGUGUCGAAUGUUAAACAAACGGAUACGGUUUCUAAAACGAAAGAUAAAAGUUUACAUUCUCCUAAUGUUAAGAAAUCUUCCACAUCUAAUAGUAUAAACUCCGUUUCUAAGAAUAAGGAAUCGACGGGAAAAAACCAGGAAGACAACUUAUCUGAUAAAGUUGCCGGUGGUAAUUGCUCAAGUAUCAGGACUAGCAUCGCUAGAAACGAAACAGUUAACAACGAAAGCAAUUCUUGCAAGGGAACUAAAAUUAAUUCGGAAGUUUCGAGGAAGAACGUUAAAGACGAUAAGAGCUGCACUGGUGAUGCGGUUGGUGAAAAAGAUGUUAAAACGGGUAGUAGUAAGAUUAAACAUUCGUCACUUCAAGAUGGAGUCAGUGAUAAUUCGAUUAUUAAAUCACCCGCUGGCAUAAAUAGCCAGGAAAGAAAGUUAGACAAGGAUAAAAGUACUAGUGUAAAACUGAAAGAGAAUGCGUGCGAUAAAAUCGAUACCAACGGUCGAGUGUCGGAUAUAAAAGGAAAGGAUGAGAUGAAAAAUAAAACAAAUCCUAUUGAUAAAGCAUUUAUUGUUAAGAACAAGGAUAAUGUUGUAGAGAAGACCGAAGCGUGUGAUAAAACGAAAGUAAAAACUAAGAACUCUAGCGAAGAAAAGAGUACGCUUUCUAGUGUAAAAGGCGGCAGUAUACAAGUCAAAAAUAAUAUUAGCGAUAGGAUAUCUACUUUAGAAAAAAUCACGAAUAAAAAUCCUGCAAAAAUGCCGGAUAAAUCUAUUCCUUUGGAUAAAGUUUCGAUUGCAAGAAGCAAAUUUUCUUCGGCUGAUAAGUCUCCUUUAUCAAACAAAGUGACAGCCUCUAAAAGUAAAGAUAACGAGAAGGAUAAAGCAGGCACUAACGACGAUCAAACGUCUAUAAAUAGUAACGCCGUUCAUAAUAAUAUAACUACGAAAGUUGGUGAUCAAAGUAAAAAUUUUGGUAGUGAAAAAGUUUCUCCCGUUAGAAAUAAAGAUAAUUCAAAUGAUAAAGUCGACACGACAGAGAAAACAUCUGCUAGAAUAAAUAAGGAUAAAGAGGAGAAAAGCGAUAAAACAUCUGUAGCGAAAAGAAAGGAUAACUUAAAGGAUAAAGGCAGUCGCUUGGACAACUUAACUAACUCGAUGAGUAAGGAUAAUAUAAAGGAAUCUUUAUGUAACAACAAUAAAACUACGUCGAAAAAUAAAGAUAAUUUAAACGAUAAAGAUCCACCUAACGACAAAAAGAGAUUAAAGGGGAAAAUGAAUACGCAGGAUGUGGAGAGUAGUGGUACCAAAAUGUCAACAUUAAAAAGUAAAGACAUUGUACAGAAUAAAAUAGAUAACAGCGAUAAAAGUUCAAUGUCGAAAGACAAAGGUAGCGUACAGGAAAAGGUUGCUAUCGCUAAAUUUUCAGAUGAAAAAAGCAAGAAUAUUAUGGAGGAAAAAGGUAACAAAAUGUCCAAUGUGAAAAUAAAGGAAGACGUGCGAAAUAAAAUGGGUUCCGCCGAAAAAUCGCCCAUUUCGAAAGAAAAAUCGGAUCCAGGAAACGUAAAAAGUAAGGAUUCUUUACUUGAGAAGAGUAACAAAUCCGAAAAAGACGAUAAAAAUGAUUCACAGAAAAAAAUUGAAACGAAAGAUAAAAAGGGUGAAAAAUUGUCGAAUUUAAAAAGUGAGGAAAAUAUGGAUAAAAGAAUUACUGUUGACAAAAAGAAAGGUAAGUGUAACGAUCAGGAUCGUCCAGUUGCUGCUGAUAAAACGUCUAAUGUAAAAAGCAAGCAAAAUAUUUUAGAUAAAUCUGGAAGCUCUGAAAAUGCAGUAAAAGGAAAAGAAUAUAUUCAGGAUAAAGGCAGUUCUAGUGAAAAAUCGAUUAAAGACAAAGACGAUAAACAAAAAGUUAAAUCAAACGAUAAAGCGUUAUCAAAAGGUGGAGACCAGUCUAUUGAUAAAAGUACGGAUAAAAGUAAAGAUCACACUCCCAACAAAUAUAAUUCUAAUGAAAAACUGCAAAAGGAAGUGAAAGAUAAAAUGAGUCACACGGAGGAAAUAUCAGCAAAAUUUAGUAGAUCUACACAGGAAAAAAAUAGUCACAUUAAUAAAAUGGCAAAAUGUAACGAUUCUUUACAGGAUAAGUGCUGUUUCGAAGAAAAAUCAACAAAAGAUUCCGUGCUAAACAAAGUGGGUUCUACCGAAAAAACGGAAGUGAGAAACAAGGAUGCUGCGAAGGACGAUGUUACCCUCACUGAAAAAUUAAAAAUCAAGGAUAAGGUGGUUAAAGACGAUUCUGUAGCGAAAACGGCGACGAAGAUUAAGGAAUAUUCCACUAAUAAAUUAAGUAACAAAGAUUCCACGAAGGAUAUUCCUAAUUCUAACGUCGACAGCGCAACGAAAAGUAAGGAUACAGAGGUGAAAAAAACUACUAAUGAGAAACCUUCAGCGGAUGUGGAUAAAAUCAGCACUAAAAUUAAUGUACAGGAUAAGUGUGACGUUCAGGAUAAAAUUGGAACCCGAAAUACCGAUGAUAAAUCUAUAAAAAAAAGUGAAAGUGACAAGAUAUCUUCGGUACAAAGUAACGAUGUCCAAGUUAAUACGCAGGCAACAUCGAAAGUAAAAAAGACAAAGGAAGAAAAGAAUGUAGACGAAAAAAGUUUAAACAAGGAUCGUGUCCAAAACGAAACGGGUUUGACGAUAAAUAAAAUAUCCAGUAUCAAGGAUAAUUUGCAAAAUGUUAAAAGUAUGGACGACAACGCAUUGACGAUAAUUUACAGAAGUGACAAUUCGGAAGAAAAUACCACGAAGAAAACUGGUGUUAUAAAUCUUUUGACCGAUAAGACGUCGGAAUGUACGAAGUUCAAAGAUUGCCCCGAUAAAAAUAAAGAAUCGCAGCAUAAAACACAACAAAACAAUUGUGAUAUCACAAAAACAGACACAGACAAAAAUAUAAAUAAAGACGCCCCAAACAAAAUGAAACGAGAUGAUAUCGACGGCGGUUCGAGUGAUAAUUUAGUGGACGAAAUACACAACGGUCGAAUCAAGAACAAUAGAGGUAAUCGCCCUUCCAGUUAUCCUAGUAUUUAUUAUAAAAAUGAAUUCCCAGCCUUACAACAAAGAAGCGUCAGUCAACAAGGCUUGUCUUCCGUAGAUAACGCCGAAUCUACAUCACGCGAUUGCACCUUAUCGGCCGUGGAUUAUGCCAAAUCCAGAUUUCAGAACGUCACUCAGUCGAUAAAACUGGAAGAUAUCAUCAAACCCAAGCUCAAGAAUAAUCAAUUAGUUACGGAAUUCAAAUCCAAGUGGGAAAACAACGAAGGAGUAGAGGGGCAAUCACCCAUCAUCCCUCUACCCAAACUGAAUAAUCAGAAACACCUAAGAGGUAGAUCUCAAUCUGUACAAUCCGAGAACUCUCACGGUGUUCCCAUACGUCCAUUUUUAACUAAGGGUUCGGUAGCCGAAAGGGUUUUGUUAUUUGAAUGUUGCCCAGAAAGGGCAUUGGAUAGGUCAUCGAAAUCGAAGUCUCUACUAUACAAUACUUGGAAGUCCACAACGGGAGAUAUUCAACACAAAACUCGGUUUUGGGAGAUUACUAGGGAGAAAGGCUCGUCGGCUAGGUCUAUUUAUGUUCAGAAAGAUAAAGAAAAUGUCGAAUUAAGCAGAGCAACAGCUUUAAAGAUCCAAAAAUCAAGCACACCUCGACACAUUCCUCAGUUUUUCUAUCCUCAAGGUCGACCUUUACUUCCUGUAGAAAUUGAAGCACAAUUACAAGAGAUCAAAGCAGCAUUUUCUGCCUUCAAAGAUGAAAAAGUUGAAAAGGAAGAAUUUGGAAUUAUUACCAAAGCAUGCAAUUUGCCUCUUUACUGGAAAGUUCCAUUGUUUGAAGCAGUUGUUGGAAGUAGAAAAUCAUAUGUUAGAUGCAAUAUGUUUUUGGAAUACUGGAAAAGGUUAGUGUCUAUAUGUCAUGAUGAAGCAUCUCAGUUUGUUGCUAUUCUUAGUCGAGGAAGCAGAAAAUAUUUACUUCCUGAUGAUUUCAUUGCAAUGAUACAAGAUAUAAUUGAUACUCAUCCAGGGUUAACAUUUUUAAAAGAAGCUACUGAGUUCCAUUCUAGAUACAUUCAUACAGUCAUUUCAAGGAUAUAUUAUUGUGUAAAUAGAUCAUGGAGUGGAAAAAUUAAUAUUGCAGAAUUAAGGAAAAGCAACUUUUUACAAGUUUUGGCAUUAUUAGAGAAAGAAGAAGAUAUUAAUCAGAUCACAGAUUAUUUUUCAUAUGAACAUUUCUAUGUUAUUUAUUGUAAAUUUUGGGAACUGGAUAAAGACCACGAUCUCUUUAUAGAUAAAUAUGAUCUUCAGAGACAUAAUGAAGGAGGUAAUAUAUCAAUUUUAAUUUUUAUCAGAAUUUUUCAGGGACUCAUCACAACAAACCCUAAGAGGAAGAAAGGAAAAAUGAGCUAUACAGACUUUGUAUGGUUUUUAUUGUCAGAAGAAGACAAGAGACAUCCUAGGAGCAUUGAAUACUGGUUCCGUUGUAUGGACUUAGAUGGAGAUGGUUAUUUGUCAAUGUAUGAAAUGGAAUAUUUUUAUGAAGAACAACUGCAAAGAAUGGAAGUAUUGGGAAUUGAAACAUUGCCAUUCAAAGAUUGCUUAUGUCAGAUGUUAGAUAUGAUUAGACCUAAAGUGCCUGGAUGUAUUUCUUUAUCAGAUUUAAAAUCAUGCAAAAUGACUCCAUUAUUUUUUGAUACUUUCUUCAAUCUUGAAAAAUAUUUGGACCAUGAACAGAGAGAUCCUUUUGCUUCUCAACGAGAACAAGAUUCAGAUAGCUGUGAAAUGACUGAUUGGGAUCGUUAUGCUACAGAAGAAUACGAGUUACUUGUUGCUGAGGAAGGUACAAGUGAUCAAGCAGAUGAUCUAAUAUACGAAGACUAUGAUCAAGACGACGAAUUAUCAAAUAUCCAUAAAAUAAACGGGUCAAGCAUUGUUCAACGUAGUAGUUCUGCUGCAAAUAAUGUAAACAUUGACGAUGAUGACGACGACGACGAUUUUGCAGAUUCUGAUGUUACCUAUUACUAAAAUGUAUUACGAGACAAAAUUACAGUGAGGAUAUGAAUACAAUGCCAUAAUGUAAGAUGGGUAGAGGAAUGCAUAAGCCUAUGAAUGGAAUUGAGUCAUUCCAUAAAGA